CUCCCUGAAUGUGGUCAGCCUGGCCUUUCUGAAAGGGCUUGAGCCCAGCAGCCCGCCCUGGGGCGCCCUCCUCUCUGGAGGGCACAGGGUUUCAGGAACCUUUCCACCAUGAGUGUUACCUCGCUGGGUUUUGCCUUCUUCUUUCUCUACUGUGUGACCUGUGAGAAGCUCCCAGAGGGGACUCUCUCCCCUUCCGCAUGGCACUUUACCCAGCCGCUUUACAACACCACCAUCUGCGAAAACUCGGCUCCAAAGACCUACGUAGAGAGCCCGGUGAAAAUGGGCAUCUACCUGGCCGAGCCCCAGUGGGCAGUGAGGUACCGGAUCAUCUCUGGGGAUGUGGCCAACGUGUUUAAGACCGAGGAGUAUGUGGUGGGCAACUUCUGCUUUCUGAGAGUCAGGACCAAGAGCAGCAACACAGCUCUUCUGAACAGGGAGGUGCGAGACAGUUACACCCUCGUCAUCCAAGCCACCGAGAAGACCUCGGAGCUGGAAGCGCUGACCCAAGUGGUGGUCCACAUCCUGGACCAGAAUGACCUGAAGCCCCUCUUCUCCCCGCCUUCCUACAAAGUCACCAUCUCUGAGGACACGCCCCUCAAGAGCCCCAUCUGCAAGGUGAGCGCCACAGAUGCUGACCUGGGCCAGAACGCUGAGUUCUACUAUGCGUUUCACACCAGGUCAGAGACGUUUGCCAUCCAUCCCACCAGUGGCAUGGUGACCGUGGCUGGGAAGCUCAAUGUCACCCGGCGAAGACGGUAUGAGCUCCAGGUGCUGGCUGUCGACCGCAUGCGGAAAAUCUCGGAGGGCAAUGGGUUUGGCAACGUGGCUGCGCUGGUCAUCCAGGUGGAGCCUGUGCUCCGGAAGCCCCCAGCCAUUGCCUCGGUGUUAUUGAUGCCACCUGAUGGUAACGAGGAUAACACCUAUGCCACCAUAGUGGUGGGUGCUGGCAGCUCAGGAGCUGACAUGGACUCAAUGGACAUUGUGGGUGGUGACCCUGGAAAGCACUUCAAAGCCAUCAAGUCGUAUGCCCAGAGCAAUGAGUUCCAUCUGGUGUCAGUCAAAGACAUCAACUGGAUGGAAUACCUCCAUGGAUUCAACCUUAGCCUCCAGGCCAGGAGCAGGAGCAAGCCGGCUUUUGAUUCUCAGAUCCGGGGCUUUCAUCUACCUCCCACCAAACUGGCUUCCCUCAAGUUUGAGAAGGCUGUCUACAGAGUGCAGCUUAGCGAGUUCUCCCCUCCUGGCAGCCGGGUGGUGGUGGUGAAAGUCACCCCAGCCUUCCCCGAGCUGCGCUAUGUUCUAAAGCCCUCCUCAGAGAGUGCGGGCUUUAAGCUGAAUGUGCACACGGGGCUAGUCACCACCACUAAGUUCCUGGACUUCCGAGCCGGAGCCCACUACCAGCUCCACAUCAGAACCUCACUGGGCCUGGCCUCCACCAUGGUGCUCGUUGACGUAGUGGACUGUAACAACCAUGCCCCCAUCUUCAGCAAGUCUUCCUACGAUGCCACCUUUGACGAGAACCUCCCUCCAGGCACUAGUGUUUUGACUGUGACUGCCACUGACCAGGAUCAUGGGGAGAACGGGCAAGUCACCUAUUCCAUUGUUGGUGCCCAAACCGUGCCCUUUUCUAUUGACCCUUACCUGGGGGUCAUCUCCACCUCUAAACCCAUGGACUAUGAGCUCAUGAAAAGAAUUUAUACCUUCCAGGUGUGGGCAUCAGACUGGGGGUCCCCAUUUCGCCGGGUGAAGGAAGUGUCCGUUUCUCUCAGGCUCAAGAACUUAAAUGACAACCAGCCCAUGUUUGAGGAAGUCAACUGCACUGGGUCUAUCCCCGAAGACUCGCCAGCGGGGAAAUCUGUGAUGACCGUGUCAGCCAUAGACGUGGAUGAGCUUCAGAAUCUGAAAUAUGAGAUCGUGUCUGGCAAUGAGCUCGGAUAUUUUGAUAUCAACCAUUUCUCCGGCGAGGUAUCCCUCAACCGGGCUUUUCUGAAUCAUACUGCCGGCCAACCUACCAGGUACUCUCUGAAAAUUACAGCUUCCGAUGGGAAAUACUAUGCCUUGCCCACCACUUUAAAUGUUACUGUGGUGAAGGCCCCUGGCCUGGAGGUCCCUGUGACAUGUGAUAAAACAGGAGUCUUGACAGAGUUUACAAAGGCCGUCCUUCUUCACUCGCUUGGGCUUCAGAGCCAGGAGUCUGGUGCUGAGGAAUUCACGUUCUUAAGCACGUACCAGAUCAAUCAUCACACCCCGCAGUUUGAGGACCACUUCCCCCAGUCCAUCGACAUCCUCGAACGUGUUCCUGUGAACACCCCCCUGGCCCGCCUGGCAGCCACUGACCCCGAUGCUGGCUUCAAUGGCAAACUGGUCUACGUGGUGGCAGACGGCAAUGAAGGUGGUUGCUUUGACAUUGAGCUAGAGACAGGGUUGCUCAGUGUGGCCGCCCCCUUGGACUACGAAGCCACUAGUUUCUACAUCCUCAAUGUAACCGUGUAUGACCUAGGCACGCCCCAGAAGUCUUCCUGGAAGCUGCUGACAGUGACUGUGAUCGACUGCAAUGACAAUGCACCCAGAUUUCCUGCUGGUGGGUACCAGGUAACCAUCUCGGAGGACACAGAUGUGGGGAGCACAAUUGCCACGCUGAAAGCAAAAGAUGCAGACUCAGAGGACAACGGGCGGGUCCGCUACACCCUGCUCAGUCCCACGGAGAAGUUCUCCCUCCACCCGCUCACCGGGGAACUGGUCGUCAUAGGGCCCUUAGACCGGGAAUCGGAACCUCAGUACAUACUCAAAGUGGAGGCCAGGGACCAGCCUAGGAAGGACCGACAGCUCUUCUCGGUCACGGACCUGAUAGUCACCUUGGAAGAUGUCAAUGACAACUCUCCCCAGUGCUUCACAGAACUGAGCAGGCUCAAGGUCCCAGAGGACCUGCCGCCAGGGACUAUGCUGACAUUUCUAGAUGCCUCUGAUCCUGACCUGGGCCCUGCAGGCGACGUGCACUACAUCCUGCUGGAUGACUCCCAGGGCACUUUCGGGGUGAACCUCAACACUGGAGCGCUCACUCUGGAGAAGGAGCUGGACUUCGAGAGGCAGUCUGGGUACAAUCUGAGCCUGUGGGUCAGUGAUAGCGGGGAGCCCCUGACCCGCAGGACGCUCUGCCACGUGGAGGUGAUAGUCCUGGAUGUGAAUGAGAAUCUUCACCCUCCCCGGUUCACCUCCUUUGUGCACCAAGGCCAGGUGCAAGAGAACAGCCCAUCAGGAACCCCGGUCAUGGUGGUGGCUGCUCAUGACGAGGACGGUGGCUUGGACGGGGAGCUCCAGUACUUCUUGCGGGCUGGCACUAGCCUUUCAGCCUUCAGCAUCAACCAAGACACAGGAGCGAUUCAGACACUGACUCCCCUGGACCGAGAAUUUGCAUCUUACUACUGGCUGACCGUGCUGGCAGUGGACAGGGGUUCUGUGCCCCUCUCUUCUAUCACUGAAGUCUACAUCGAGGUUACGGAUGUCAAUGACAACCCUCCGCAGAUGUCUGGACCUGUGUUCUACCCCUCGGUCCAGGAGGACGCGCCCUUGAACACCUCAGUGCUCCAGCUGAAUGCCUGGGACCCAGACUCCAGUUCGGACGGGAAGCUGAUCUUCAACAUCACCAGUGGGAACCCCAUGGGGUUCUUUGUUAUCCAUCCUCUCACAGGUAAGGACCCUGGAAAGCUUGGGAGGGAGGGAAAAAAUGAGGAGCUGAUUGAGGUGACUGUGCUGGACCACGGGGAGCCACCCCUCAAAUCCACCUCAAGGGUGGUGGUUCGCGUCUUGGACGUCAAUGACAACGCACCUGUGUUCUCCCACAAACUCUUCAAUGUCCGCCUUCCAGAGAGGCUGAGGCAGGAAACCCCACGGCCUGUGUACCGGCUGGUGGCUUCAGACUUGGAUGAGGGUCUAAAUGGCAAGGUCACUUACAGAAUCGAGGAGAGUGAUGAGGGGGGCUUCAGUAUCGACCCCACCACGGGCGUGGUGUCUUCUAGUAGCACGUUUGCAGCGGGGGCGUACAACAUCCUAACGGUCAGGGCCACAGAUAGUGGACAGCCACUGCUCUCGGCCAGUGUCCGGCUGCACAUUGAGUGGAUCCCCCAGCCCCAACCCUCCUCCAUAGCCCUGGUCUUUGAGGAAGCCCUCUACAGCUUUACAGUGAUGGAGACGGACCCUGUGAACCACAUGGUGGGGGUCAUCAGUGUGGAGGGCCGCCCUGGCCUCUUCUGGUUCAACAUCACAGAUCAGCUGAAGGGCUGCAGAGAAGACCAGCAGUGGUCCACGCAACACUUCGUGCACGCGCUGUUUCACUCAUCCCCUGCCAACCCCUCCACGCACCCCCACUUACAGAGUUGCCUCCCGUGUUUCCUGUCUCCGGUCCAUAUUUCCGUGGUUGCCAACAUUAACCACCAUCGACCUCAGUUUCUGGAGUCUCAGUAUGAGGUCAGGGUUCCCCAGGACACACUGCCUGGGGUUGAGCUUCUCCAAGUUCAGGCCACAGAUCAAGACAAAGGCAAAGGUCUCAUCUACACCAUCCAUGGCAGCCAAGACCCAAGAAGUGCCAGUCUCUUCCAACUGGACCCAAGCAGCGGUAUCUUGGUAACUGUGGGGAAACUGGACCUGGGCGCAGGCCCCUCCCAGCACACACUGACAGUGAUGGUCCGAGACCAGGAGAUGCCAAUCAAGAGGAACUUUGUGUGGGUGACUAUCCACAUGGAGGAUGGAAACCUCCACGCACCCCGCUUCACCCAGCUCCACUAUGAGGCCAGAGUUCCUGACAACACAGCCCCUGGCACAGACCUGCUACAGGUCCGAGCCCUGGAUGACGACCGGGGAGCCAAUGCCGAGGUCCACUACUCCUUCCAGAAAGGGAACAGCAAGGGUUUCUUCAGCAUCAACACCCUGCUAGGCCUUAUCACGGUGGCCCAGCAACUGGGUCAGGUACAUCAUGGUCAGCACACUCUGACCGUGAAGGCGGAAGAUCAAGGCUCUCUGCAGCGCCAUGACCUAGCCACAGUGGUCAUUCACGUCUACCCCUCAGACAGCAGCGCCCCUGUCUUUUCAAACUCUGAGUACUUUGUAGAGAUCCCUGAAUUAAUCCCUGUUGGCUCUCCCAUCCUCCUCGUCUCAGCUACAAGCUCCUCAGAAGUUACCUACGAGUUAAGAGAGGGAAACAGGGACGGCGUAUUUUCUCUGAACUCAUAUUCUGGCCUCAUCUCUACCCAGAAGAACUUGGACCAUGAGAAAAUCUCAUCAUACCAGUUGAAAAUCCGAGGCAGCAACAUGGCGGGCGCAUCGACUGAUGUCAGGGUGCUGGUUUACAUAAUUGAUGAAAAUGACAAUGCGCCCAUGUUCUUAAAGCCAGCGUUCGUGGGCCAAAUUAGUGAAGCGGCCCCCUUGCACAGCAUGGUCCUGGAUGACAGCAACAGCCCCUUCGUGAUUCACGCUGCCGACCGCGACAAGGAAGCCAAUUCCUUACUGGUUUACCAAAUUUUGGAUCCGGAAGUUUUGAAGUGUUUCAAAAUUGAUCCCAGUAUGGGAACGCUGACCAUUAUAUCGGAGAUGGAUUACGAGAGCUUGCCCUCUUUCCAAUUCAGUGUCUUUGUCCACGACCAAGGAAACCCCCUCUUAUUUGCACCCAGGCCUGCCCAGGUCAUCAUCAAAGUGAGAGAUGUGAAUGACUCUCCUCCCGCGUUCUUAGACCCAGUAUAUGAGGUAGCAGUUGCUCAGCCCACCCAUCAGGGGAUGGAGCUCCUCACGGUACGGGCCAGUGACGAUGACUCGGAGAUCAACUAUAGCAUUAAAACUGGCAAUGCUGAUGAAGCUGUCACCAUCCAUCCCAUCACUGGCCUCAUAUCGGUGCUGCAGCCUGCGGGCCUGGUUGUCUCUCGGGAGCUCACCAUCAGGGCUUCCGAUGGGCUGUACGAAGCCACUGCGCUGCUAAAAAUCACGGUGACUCAAGCGCUCAACACGAGCCUCCGGUUUGACCAAACUGUCUACAAGGCAGCCGUGCAGGAGAACUUGCAGAACAAGACAGCACUGGUGAUGCUUGGGGUCCAGGGAAAUCACUUGAAUGAUACCCUUUCCUACUUCCUCUUGAAUGGCACAGAUAAGUUUUGCAUGAUCAGGUCAGCAGGGGUGCUGCAGACAAGAGGUGUGGCCUUUGACCGGGAGCAGGAGGACAUUCAUGUGGUGGCUGUGGAAGUGAGGGACAAUCGGACCCCUCCGCGAGUGGCCCAGGCUGUCGUCCGAGUUUCUGUCGAGGAUGCCAAUGACAAUCCCCCCCAGUUUCAGCAUCUGCCCUACCACACGAUCAUCCAAGAUGGCACGGAGCCAGGGGAUGUCCUCUUUCAGGUAUCUGCCACCGACCAGGAUUUGGGGGUAAAUGGGGCUGUCACGUUUGCAUUUGCCGAAGAUUACACAUAUUUCCGAAUUGACCCCUACCUUGGGGAUAUAUCACUCAAGAAGCCCUUUGAUUAUCAAGCUUUAAAUAAGUAUCACCUCAAAGUCAUUGCUCAGGACAGAGGAAGUCCGUCCCUCCAGACUGAGGAGGAAGUCCUCGUCACCGUGAGAAAUAAGUCUAACCCUCUGUUUCAGAGACCCUACUACAAAGUCAGGGUGCCUGAAAAUAUUACCCUCUACACCCCAAUCCUCCAUACCCAGGCCCGGAGCCCGGAGGGGCUCCGGCUCAUCUACAACAUUGUAGAGGAAGAGCCCUUGACGCUGUUCACCACGGACUUCAAGACCGGUGUCCUCACAGUGACAGGGCCGUUGGACUUUGAGUCUAAGACCAAGCACGUCUUCACGGUCAGAGCCACAGACACAGCUCUAGGGUCAUUUUCUGAAGCCACAGUGGAAGUCCUGGUGGAGGACAUCAAUGAUAACCCUCCCACUUUCUCCCAGUUGGUCUACACCACGUCAGUCUCCGAAGGCUUGCCUGCACAAACUCCUGUAAUCCGACUGUUGGCUUCCGACCGGGACUCAGGGCGGAACCGUGAUGUCUCCUAUCAGAUUGUGGAGGACGGGUCAGGUGUUUCCAAGUUCUUCCAGAUCAAUGGGAGUACGGGGGAAAUGUCCACAGUUCAAGAACUUGACUACGAAACUCAACAACACUUUCAUGUGAAAGUCAGGGCCCUGGAUAAAGGAGAACCUCCCCUCACCGGUGAAACCCUGGUGGUGGUCAAUGUGUCCGACAUCAAUGACAACCCCCCAGAGUUCGGACAACCCCAGUAUGAAGCCAAUGUCAGUGAGCAAGCAACCUGUGGACACCUGGUCCUCAAAGUCCAAGCGAUUGACCCCGACAACAGGGACACCUCUUUCUUGGAGUACUUGAUUCUUUCUGGCAAUCAGGACCGACACUUCUCGAUCGACAGCUCAUCGGGGAUCAUUUCCAUGCUCAAUCUUUGCAAAAAGCACCUGGACUCUUCUUACCAAUUGAAGGUGGGGGCUUCUGACGGUGUCUUCCGAGCGGCCGUGCCUGUGUACAUCAACACCACGAAUGCCAACAAGUACAGCCCAGAGUUCCAGCAGCCCCUUUAUGAGGCUGAAUUAGCAGAAAAUGCAAGGGUGGGGACCAAGGUGAUAGAGUUGCUAGCCAUCGACAAAGAUAGUGGUCCUUAUGGCACUGUGGAUUAUACCAUCAUCAACAAACUAGCCGGUGAGAAGUUCUCCAUAAACCCCAAUGGCCAGAUCACCACUCUGCAGAAACUGGAUCGGGAAAACUCAACCGAACGAGUCAUUGCUAUUAAGGUCAUGGCUCGAGAUGGAGGGGGAAGAGUGGCCUUCUGCACUGUGAAGAUCAUCCUCACAGAUGAAAAUGACAACCCCCCGCAGUUCAAAGCAUCUGAGUACACUGUGUCCAUUCAAUCCAAUGUCAGUAAGGACUCCCCCGUUAUCCAGGUGCUGGCCUAUGAUGCUGAUGAAGGCCGGAAUGCGGACGUCACCUAUUCAGUGGACUCGAUGGAGGACUUGGCUGAAGAGGUCAUUGAAGUCAACCCAACCACAGGUGUGAUCAGGGUGAAAGAGAGCCUGGUGGGGUUGGAAAACCGAGCCUUUGACUUCAAGGUCAAAGCCCAAGAUGGGGGCCCCCCUCACUGGGAUUCGCUGGUGCCAGUACAGCUUCAGGUGGUUUCUAAUGAAGCUCCUUUGCCCAAGUUUUCUGAGCCAUUGUAUACGUUCUCUGCCCCUGAAGAUCUUCCAGAAGGUUCUGAUGUUGGACUGGUGAAAGCAGUGGCAGCCCAGGACCCAGUCAUCUACAGUCUAGUGCAGGGCACCACACCAGAGAGCAACAAGGAUGGUGUCUUCUCCUUGGACCAAAACACAGGCGUCCUAAAGGUGAGCAAGGCCAUGGACUAUGAGUCCACCAAAUGGUACCAGAUUGAUGCCAUGGCACAUUGCCCCCAUGAGGAUACUGACUUGGUCUCUUUGGUCUCCAUCAACAUCCAAGUGAAGGAUGUCAAUGACAACAGGCCUAUUUUUGAGGCUGAUCCAUAUAAGGCCUUCCUCACUGAGAAUAUGCCAGUGGGCACCACGGUCAUUCAAGUGACUGCCAAUGACCAUGACACUGGGAGUGAUGGCCAGGUGAGCUACAGAUUGGCCAUGGACCCUGGCAGCAAUGCCCAUGAGCUUUUUGCCAUUGACAGCGAGAGUGGCUGGAUCACCACACUCCAGAAGCUUGACAGUGAGGCUCGACAGACCUACCACUUUUAUGUGGUGGCCCAUGACCACGGUCACCCGCUCCAGCUGUCUUCUCAGGCCCUGAUCGAGGUUUCCAUCACUGAUGAGAAUGACAAUGCUCCCCGAUUCGCUUCUGAAGACUACAGAGGAUUUGUGGUUGAGAACAGUGAGCCUGGUGAGCUCGUCGCCACUUUGAAGACUCUGGAUAAUGAUAUCUCUGAAGAGAACAGACAGGUCAACUGUUACAUCACAGAGGGAGAUCCCUUGGGCCAAUUUGGCAUCAGUCAAGUUGAGGAUGAGUGGAGGAUUUUCUCAAGGAAGACCCUGGACCGCGAGCUCAUGCCCAAGUAUCUUCUCAGCAUUACAGCCUCUGAUGGCAAGUUCCAGGCGUCAGUACCUGUGGAGAUCUUUGUGCUGGACAUCAAUGAUAACAGCCCCCAGUGCUCACAGCCUCUCUAUGCCGGCAAGGUCAGCGAAGACGGGGCUCCAAGGCUUUUCGUGCUGAAAGUUUCUGCAACGGACUUGGACGCCGACACCAACGCUCAGAUCACGUACUCCCUCCAUGGUCCGGGCUCUGAGGACUUCAAGCUGGACCCCCACACAGGGGAGCUGACCACAACCACAGCCUUGGACCGAGAGAGAAAGGAUGUGUACAACCUUGUUGCCAAGGCGACAGAUGGAGGAGGCCGGUCGUGCCAGGCAGACGUGGCGGUCCACGUGGAGGAUGUGAAUGACAAUGCCCCACGGUUCUUCCCCAGCCAUUGCUCCGUGGCUGUCUUCGACAACACCACAGUUAAGACUCCCGUGGCUGUGGUAUUUGCCAGGGAUCCAGACCAAGGCGCCAAUGCCCAGGUGGUGUACUCUCUGACGGGCUCCGCCGACGGCCACUUUUCCAUCGAGGCCACCACGGGCGUGAUCAGGCUGGAAAAGCCGCUGCGAGACCGGCCGCAGGCCGUGCUGGAGCUCACGGUCCGGGCCUCGGACCUGGGCACGCCGACUCCGCUGUCCACACUGGGCACCGUCACGGUCUCCGUGGUGGGCCUGGAGGACUACCUGCCGGUGUUCCUGAGCACCGAGCACAACGUGCGGGUGCCCGAGGACGCCCAGCCCGGCACGGAGGUGCUGCACGUGGCUGCCCUCACUCGGUCCGGCGCCGAGAAGACGGGCUACGGCAUCGUCGGUGGGAACCAGCAGGGCCGCUUCCGCCUCGACGCUCGCACAGGGAUCCUGUAUGUCAACAGGAGCUUGGACUUUGAGACAAGCCCCAAGUACUUCCUGUCCAUCGAGUGCAGCCGAAAGGGCUCUUCCUCCCUCAAUGACAUGACCACAAUCGUAGUCAAUGUCACUGAUAUCAACGAACACCAGCCCAGGUUCCCCCAGGAGCUGUACAGCGUGAGGGUCUUGGAGAAUGCCUUUGUGGGUGACAUCGUACUCACGGUGUCAGCCACCGAUGAAGACGGACCCCUCAAUAGUGCCAUCACCUACAGCCUGGUAGGCGGGAACCAGCUGGGACACUUCUCUGUCCACCCCAAAACCGGGGCACUGCAAGUGGCCAAGGCCCUGGAUUGGGAACAGACUUCCAGCUACUCUCUGACACUCCGAGCCACAGACAGCGGGCAGCCCCCACUCCACGGGGACAUAGACAUCGAUGUCCAAGUGGUUGAUGUCAACGAUAAUUCCCCUAGAUUCUUCCAGCUCAACUACAGCACCACUGUCCAGGAGAACUCCCCUGUUGGCAGCAAAAUCCUGCAGCUGGUCCUCAGCGACCCAGACUCUCCAGAGAAUGGCCCUCCCUUCUCCUUCCGGAUCACCAAGGGGAACACGGGCUCGGCCUUCCACGUGACCCCAGAGGGGUGGCUGGUAACCACCGAGGGCCUGAGAAGAAGGCUGCAGGAACGGUUUGAGCUUCAGAUCGAGGCAUCAGACAGCGGCGUCCCUCCCCUCUCCUCUCUGACGUCUGUCAGCGUCUGGGUCACAGAACAAAGCCACUACCCACCCUCUGCCCUCCCACUGGACAUCUUCAUCAGCGUCGGGGAAGAGGAGUUCCCAGGAGGCCUGGUGGGGAAAAUCCACGCCACAGACCAAGACCCCCAGGACACGCUCAUCUACAGACUGGCAGGGGAAGAGACCCUGGGCAGGCAUUUCUCAGUAGGGGCCCCUGAUGGCAAGAUCAUUGCCACCCAGGGACUCCCCCAUGGCCGCUACUCAUUUAACGUCACUGUCAGCGAUGGGACCUUUACCACCACUGCCGGGGUCCAUGUCCAUGUGUGGCAUGCGGGGAGGGAGGCGCUGCAGCAGGCCGUGUGGAUGGGCUUCCACCAGGUCAGCCCAGAGGAGCUGGUAAGCGACCACUGGCGGAACCUGCAGAGGUUCCUUAGCAACAAGCUUGACAUCAGAAGAGCCCACAUCCACCUGGCCAGCCUUCAGCCCGCAGAGGCCAUGGCCGGUGUGGAUGUGCUCCUGGUCUUUGAGGGGCACUCCGGAACCUUCUACAAGCUCCAGGACCUGGCAUCCGUCAUCACUCGCUCCGCCAAGGAGCUGGAGCACUCGGUGGGGAUUCAGAUGAGGUCAGCCAUGCCCGUGGUGCCCUGCCAGGGGCCAAGCUGCCAGGGCCAGGGCUGCCAAGAGACAGUACACCUGGAGCCCAACGUGGGGCCCACCUACAGCACGGCCCGGCUCAGCAUCCUGACCCCCCGGCACCACCUGAGGAAGAGCUGCUCCUGCAAUGGGACUGCAGUGCAGUUCAGCGGUCAGAGCUACGUGCGGUACCUCCUCCCUGAGACCCAGAACUGGCACGUCCACUUCCGUCUGAAAACCCUGCAGCCACAGGCCACCAUGCUGCUCGCCAAUAGGAGUGUGUCCGUCUCCCUGAGGUUGGUUGAUGGAAUGCUCCAGCUGGAGUAUCGCUGCCCAGGUGGUUUCCAUGGUAACCUGUCCUCCCGGAGCCACGUGAAUGACCAGGUGUGGCACUCGGUUCUGCUGGAGAAGACGCCCACCUCCGCUCGCCUGUGGGUGGACGGCACGGGCAGCGACUCCCUGGAGCUCCCAGAGGACUGCCAGGGCCUGGGGCCUAGAAGAGACCUCUUGCUCGGUGGCCUGGUUCCCUCGCUUUCUUCCCCAAACGUCUCCCAGGGCUUUGAGGGCUGCCUGGAUGCCAUUGUGAUCAACAGAGAGGCUCUGGAGCUGCUGGUCCACGGCAGGAAGGUGGCCCGAGUGCUGGAGGUGCAGGCCCUCACCCAGUGCUGCCCACUCAGGGAUGACUGCAGCCAGGACCCGUGCCUCCACGGUGGGAAGUGCUUCCAGACCCACAAAGCCGGCUAUGUCUGUGAGUGCCCCGCACAGUUCACUGGGAAGCACUGUGAACGACGAAGGGAGAACUGCACAUCCACAUCCUCAGAAGGCGCUUCCUGCAGCUGCCCUUCCCCUGGUAGUGGACACAGGUGCGAAAUGGAAGCCAGAGGUUGCUUGGAAGGACACUGCCUGGUCACUCCUGAGAUAACAAAGGGGGCCUGGGGGCAGCAGGAGCUACUGAUCAUCAUUGUGGCAGUACUGGUCAUCUUUUCCAUUGUGGUCACCGUUGGGCUCCUUCUCUACUGCCGCCGUUGCAAGUCCCACAAGCCUGUGGCCAUAGAGGACCCAGACCUGCUGGCCAGGAGCAUUGGUGUUGAUACCCAAACCAUGCCGGCCUUGGAGCUUGACCCCCUGAGCACUAGCUCCUGCAACAACCUGAACCCCACAGAGCCCAGCAAGACUUCAGUCCCAAAUGAACUUGUUACCUUUGGACCCAGCGCUAAGCAGCGGCCAAUGGUCUGCAGCGUGCCUCCUAGACUCCCACCUGCUACGGCCCCUUCUAGCUCAGACAAUGAAGCCAUCAUCAAGAGCACCUGGUCAGGUGAGGAAAUAGAGUACCCCGGCGGAACUGCGGUUUGGCCCCCGACUUCCUCCAGGACAGAACGCUGGGAGCACCCCCACUCGGAGAUGACCCAGAGCCUGGGGCCAGCCCCUCAUUUCCACGCGUCCCAGACCACGAUGCCAGAGCCCACUGCCCUCUAUGGGGGCUUCCCCUUUCCUCUGGGGCUGGAAAACAAGCGGGCCCCCCUCCCGCCCCGUUACAGCAACCAGAACCUGGAAGAUCUGAUGCCCCCGCGGGCUCCCAGCCCCCAGGAGCACCUGCUGGACCCCUGUCUCAAUGAGUACACAGCCAUCAGCUACUACCACUCCCAGUUCCGGCAGGAAGGGGGAGGGCACAGCCUGGCCGAAGCGGGCUACAAGGGGGUGAGCAUGCGGCUCAGCCGUGCUGGGCCCUCUUAUGCGGACUGCGAGCUGGCGGGUGGGCCUCUCGCUGGCCACGGCCAGCCCCGGGCACCCCCGCACUACGAGGGCUCUGAUAUGGUGGAGAGCGAUUACGGGAGCUGUGAAGAGGUCAUGUUCUAGCUCCCGGGUUCUCCGCUGUAGGCGGGGAGCCUCCACGGCCUUGGGUGCCGCAGCACUGGGAGAGAGGGAGGGAAGCCCCCAGACUCAGUGCAGGCUGCCAGCCUUGAUAUGUGCUCUCCGGGUCCCCAGCCAGUCCUGAAGGUGUCGGGAAGCUGACAGACAGCUUCACAGACAGCACGAGGGUCCCCAGGAGGGGAGGAUGCACCGAGCAGCAGCAGCCCCGGGAAAGCUGCGUGGGUCUCGGUCAUGGGAUUGAUGGCCAUCUCUCAGUCCCCAGGGACAGCGGGCCGAGCCCCUGGGGCUGGGCCAGCUCUUGGGGGAUGUGUCCUGAGGCAGGCUUAGGCUGUGUCUGACAUACGACCACCACACCAGCUAUGAGAGGUGUGCUCUGCGGUCUUCUGUCCUUUGAGGGGCGCAGGGGUCCUCUAGGAUCUGAGAGGUGAUCCACGGUAAGUGGGUACCAAACGUAGUCCAUGCAACGUGACGUCUGUGCAUGGUCACGUUCAAGUGCCUGCUCCACGUCAGGAGCAGGCGGGACACUGAGAUACGAGGAAGAACCAGAGGCCAGAGGCCCCCCGUGAAGCGUCCCAGCGGCCCGCAGCGACCCCCCCAGAUUGCAGGGAGCCUGCAUGACCUGUGCAAGUCACAUGGCUGUUCAUUGAUGGCCGGCGCCCCGCCAGGGCCUUCUCUGUGGAAGAAUCAGACCUCGUGGGACUCUGGGCUCUUCGGCACGAGUUUCCCAGGCACUGUGGGCCAAAGGCAAGAAGGAACUAGUUCUUCCUCCGAAACUGAGAGGCACUUUUCAGCCUUGUUGUCUGGAUGAGUUUCCCUGGAGGGACAUUUCUUCCCUAGACACAAGGAACUCCCCGACUUCCCACUCGGGGCAGGGGCGAGGCCAAGAGCUGGAUACUCACGUGUCCAGUGGACCACCCUGCCCUCGCCCAUCCCUCCACCCCAGAUGGCUGCCAAACCAAGCGUUACCUGCAGUGACUCAGCCCUAUGCAUGGAGGGUCAGUGUGGGCAGGCGUCUACAUACGUGCGCAUGUGUGUACAGUAAAUGUGUGCACCUGUGUGGACUGUAUGUAGCCAGGAGUGGUGGGGACCAGAGCCCCUCCACCCGCCCGCUUGCGUCGCCUCAUCUCUCCCUCCCCGCCAUCCUUCCCUCCUCCGGUCCACUUCCGUUUCACGUGUGCUGUUUCUGGAGCCAGAGCCAGAAGGAAGAGCAACAGGACUUCCGUCCACAGACAGACAGACAGACAGAGUGACUGGGUGUGGGUGGGAGACCUAGUGGAUGAAUGGGUCACGGCUGUGUGUGUGUGUCCAUGAGCGUGAGUGAUGGAAUGCCUCGAUGCGUUGGCUGUCUUUUUUUUUUAACAAUAAAAUAUAUUUUUUACUGUUA